AAAUGGCCAACAUAUCCAUGCAGGACAUUGAGGCAGUGGACGACUACUGGGGGCCAACGUUUCGCACCAUCCUGGAAGGAAAUGCACAGGAACAAAUCUCCGACCAGCUGGAAUCACGCAUCCGUUCCCACGAUAAGGACAUCGAGCGUAUCUGCAAUCUGUACUAUCAAGGAUUCAUCGAUUCGAUUCGCGAACUGUUGCUGGUAAAAUCACAAGCCCAAGGACUAAACCAGGAAGUGCUUACGCUAAACGAUGGGCUGGGUAAAGCAUCAGCCGGUGUAAUCGCAAAGGGGAACGAGCUGGUCAAGGCACGCAAGGUGGAGGGAAACAUUGCGGGUGCGAUCGAGGGACUGUCCAGCUGUUUGCCGGUACUGGAAUGUUACAGCAAGCUGUUGAAGCAGGUGCGCGAAAAGCGCUACUAUCCGGCACUGAAAACGCUCGAAGUGCUGGAAAGUGAGUAUCUGCCGAAGGUGGCAGGGUAUCGAUUUUCGCAGCAGAUGCGAGACACCAUUCCGAAGCUGAAGGAAAACAUUAAGAAAUCGUCGGAGGAAGAUUUUCGCGAGUUUCUGGAGAAUAUACGCAAAUUUUCACCCAAGAUUGGGGAGAUCGCUAUGAAGCACACGAAGGAGCUGCAGAAGCGCGAUCUGGAGACGAUCAUUGCAGAAUAUAAAGCGCUGGCAGAGCAGGGUGGACCGGCGAGUUCGGACUUUGGUGAUGAUGAUGAGGAUGUUAACGCACAAGAUUUGAUUGAUUUUUCACCCAUUUAUCGAUGUUUGCACAUCUACACGGUGCUCAAUGAUAAGGAGUACUUUGAGAAAGACUACCGUAAACAGCGUCGAGAUCAGGCGAAGCUGGUCCUUCAAGCACCACAAACCAUGCACGAUAAUUUGGAGGCUUACAAAACGUACAUUUACUCGAUCGUAGGAUUCUUUGUGGUGGAAGAUCAUGUCAUGAACACCGGCGGAGAUAUCGUAACACAAACGUACCUGGAUGAUCUUUGGUCUUCAUCGCUAUCGCGUGCAGUCAAUGUGCUCAGCAUGUCCUCCUCUUCCUGUACCGAUCCGAACGUACUGUUGCGCAUCAAGAAUUUGAUCAUGCUCAGCAUAACGACGCUGAAAAACUACGGAUACACGGUGACGCAACUGUGGGAUCUUCUGCUCGAGAUGCGUGAUCACUACAACGAGGUCUUACUGCAGCGUUGGGUGAAUGAAUUCCGCGAUAUUCUGGACAAGAGUGAUUUCCUUCCGCUGGAGGCUCACAAUCAGGAAGAGUACGAUGCGGUCCUGGAACGUUUCCCGUUCCAUUCGGAACAGCUAGAGGCCCAACCCUUCCCGAAGAAAUUUCCCUUCUCGCGCAUGGUUCCGGAGGUGUACCACCAGGCGAUGGAGUUUAUGUACGCGUGUAUGAAGUUUUCCGAAGAGCUAACACUGUCACCAAACGAAAUCGCUGCGAUGGUUCGGAAGGCGGCCAAUUUGCUGUUGACGCGCAGCUUCAGCGGAUGUCUGUCGGCCGUCUUCCGUAGUCCCAGUUUGGCACUGAUGCAAGUUAUCCAGAUCAUCAUAGACACGCAGUAUCUGGAGAAGGCGGGCCCAUUCCUGGAUUCGUUCGUGUGCAAAAUGACCGGUACGGUACAGAGUGUCACACAGACACCAUCCGCCAUGUUUCACGUGGCACGCUCGGAAGCGGAACAGCAGGUAUCGACCAAACUGUGCUGUAAGUUGGAUGAGUUUUUCGAAGAGCUUGAAAACUACGAUUGGAUUUUGCCGGAAUCGUACGGUCACGCAUCACCCUUCGUAACGGACAUGGUUGCCUUCCUGCAGAGCACAUUCCAAAGCUUCUCGUAUAUCCUGCCCGGUGUGGCACAGGCCGCCUGUAAGAAAGCGUGCGAACACAUCGCCACUACCAUAUCGAAGUUAAUUCUCUCGGAAGACAUACGACAAAUUUCGGGCGGUGCGCUUGAUCAGAUUAAUCUCGAUCUGAUGCAGUUCGAGCUGUUUGCUUCAUCCGAUCCGGUGCCGGGAUUGCGCGAAGGUGAUCUAUCGAAGUAUUUUGCCGAAAUUCGCCAGCUGCUUGAUUUGCUUAUUUCGGAAGAUUGGAGUGCUUACCUGCAUGACUUUGGGAAGGACGAGAACCGGUACUCGUUGGUACAUCCGUCCACGAUCAUUGUGGUGUUGGAAAAGUUGCGUGAAGCGGAUAAGAAAUCGAUGCUGUCGCUGAUGAAAUCUAAGUCGGAGCGGGACAAGAAGAAGCUGCUGGAGACGGUGUUGAGGCAAUUGAAGCAGUUGGCCGAAAGACAGAGUUAAAUCGGUGG